AUGUGGGAUGCUGGAAGUUAUGAAGAAGCAAGGGGGGGAGCUAAAGGAGGAGGUACAAAAAUACCAAAGAAAUGGGAUGAGUGGGAAGAAUUUUGGAAAGGCGAAAAAGACAAAGUCUGGCAAAAAAUUGAAAGCUUAGAGAAUCAGCAAAAAGAAUUUAAUGAAACUAGGAUAAAAGAGUUGAGGUUAAUAGAAGAGAGAAUGAUUAAGAUAGAAGAGAGCGUUGAGAGAAAACAGGUUGAGUUAACAGCGAGCCAGGAUACAUCAGAAGUUAGAGUAGGCGUGCGAGUAGAAAAUGAGAGAUUGCGUAAUAGACUAUUACAGAUCGAAAAACAUAUAGAAGGGGAAGAACGAGCAAAGAGGAAAAAGACCGUAAUGGUCAAAGGGCUGAAAGUGAAUAGUGAAACGGGAGAGGAAGAGGUUAAGAAGUUGAUGAAAGAUAUAGGAGCAAAAAUAAGAGUGGAAGGGGUACAGAGGGUAGGAAGAAUGAGGGAAGGGAGGGAAGGCAUGUUUCUAGUGACAUAG